AUGGAGCAUCGGUUACAAGAAGGUGAUUUCGAUUGGAACUACAUUAUAAUACUGGACGAGGAACGUCACUACAGGAAAAGAUUGAUUUCAGAGGUUAUUCAUCAGGAGACAAACCUGCAGACGGAUAUGGAGGCGCUUCCCAAUGCCUACCUCCCGAUCAUAGAGCUAAGGCUUGAGUUGUUGUCACGUCUAGUCAGUGUCGUUCAUACGCAUGAUACUUUAAAGAAAAUAGCCGUUUAUGAGUGGCAUGAGCGCUUCAAAAGUGGUCGUGAGUCCGUCGAGGAUGACGAACGCAGUGGCAAGCCGUCGACAUCGAAAACCGACGAAAACAUCAAUAAAGUGAGAGAAAUGUUGAUCAAUAACCGCAAAUUAAUUAUCAGAGAGUUGGCAGAGGACUUAAACAUUGCUUAUGGAUCCAUUCAGGACAUUGUAGUUAAUGGUUUGGAUUUGCGCCGUGUUGCUGCAAAAUUGGCCCCGAAGGAACUGAAUUUCAUGCAAAAAAGGGACCGCGUUGUCAUCGCCAAAUACAUCAUUUCCAAGGCUGAAUCCGAUCCAACAUUCAUCAUUACUGGAGAUGAGACGUGGGUUUAUGAGUACGACAUGCAAUUAGGCGAGUGA